CCGCCGGAUGAGCUGACCCGGCCGUUGCGACCCGCCCGCCCAUGGGGUCUCAGCUCAAGCGCCCCAACAACGUCGUCCCGCGAUCCGAUCCCUCCAGGAUGUCUCCGCCGUCGCCGGCGUCGGCGCAGAAGCUUACCACCAACGACGCCCUCACCUACCUCAAGGCCGUCAAGGACAAGUUCCACGACAACCGCGCCAAGUACGACGAGUUCCUCGAGGUCAUGCGCGACUUCAAAUCCACCAGGAUCGACACUGCAGGCGUCAUCAUCCGCGUCAAGACCCUCUUCAGCGGCUACCCGGAGCUCAUCCUCGGCUUCAACGCCUUCCUGCCCAAGGGAUUCGCCAUCAAGCUCCAGGACCUUGACAGCGACAAGAAGCCCGUCGACUUCACCGAGGCUAUCAGCUUCGUCAACAAGAUUAAGGCCCGGUUCCAGCACGAGGAGACUGUGUACAAGGCGUUCCUGGGGAUACUCAACAUGUACCGCAUGCACAACAAGUCCAUCCAGGACGUAUACCAGGAGGUUGCGACGCUCUUCUGCGACCAUGCUGACUUGCUCGAGGAGUUCAAGCAUUUCUUGCCUGAUACGUCGACUGCCCCGCAAGUCUUGAAGGGUGUUUCCGUCAAACAGGAUGACGACAAGACCCAAGUAAUGCCUCCUGAUAGGAAAGUACAGAGCAUUAAGAGGGAGAGGCCUUGUCCGUUAACGGCUGAACGUGACACCAGUGUUGAUCGCCCUGAUCUUGAGCAUGGCCCCGAUAGGAAGCGUGUCGACAAAGAAAAGGGUCAUAAGAUUGAUCGGGAUAGAAGAUAUCAUGACAAGGAUGGUGAAUAUGACAGCAAAGACUUGGAUGGAGGACAACUCAGGCGCAAAACUUUCCCAAAGAAGCUGGAGGCUGAUACACACCAAGGGGCGGCUAGCAUCUCUGCUUCGUCGUACAAUGAUAACGAUGCACACAAAAGUGUGUACACGCAAGAGCUCCACUUCUGCGAGAAAGUAAAGGAGAAGCUUGAGCCUGAAGCUUACCAGGAGUUUUUGAAAUGCCUUCACAUAUACAGCCAGGAAAUAAUUACAAGAAGUGAAUUGAAAAAUCUGGUAAAUGACAUGCUUCAGCGCUGUCCAGAUCUUAUGAAUGGUUUUAGUGAGUUCUUGGAACAGUGCGAAAAUAUAGAUGGCUUUCUAGAUGGAGUCAUCAGUAAAAGGCAAACAUCACGAACAACGAAGACAUUGGAAAAAGAGAGAGAUAAAGGGCGUGCAGGGGAGGACAGGGAGAGAGAUAAUGAAAAACCAAGUGAAAACGAACGACAAAGGCUUGAUAAAGUGUCUAAGGAUGGUGCUACCCACAAAGCUCCUGCAUUCUCUAGCAAAGAGAAGUACCUAGGCAAGCCAAUAUCGGAGCUUGACCUCUCAAAUUGUCAGCGGUGUACUCCUAGUUACCGACUUUUGCCUAAAAAUUACCCUAUACCUUCUUCAAGUUCCAGAACCGACCUUGGAGUCUCUCUGCUCAACGAUCUCUGGGUAUCAGUGACCUCAGGAAGUGAGGACUAUUCAUUCAAACACAUGCGGAAGAAUCAGUAUGAAGAAAGCUUGUUUAGAUGUGAAGACGACAGGUUUGAGUUGGACAUGCUGUUGGAAUCUGUUAAUGUGGCGAUCAAGCGUGUUGAGGAGUUAAUAGAAAAGAUGCAAGACAAUUCAAUCAAAUCAGACAACCCUAUACGCAUCGAUGAACAUUUGACUUCUUUGAAUUUGAGGUGUAUAGAACGGUUAUAUGGUGACCAUGGCCUUGAUGUCAUGGAUGUUCUUCGCAAAAAUGCUAGCGUGGCGUUGCCAGUUAUUUUAACUAGGCUUAAGCAAAAACAGGACGAAUGGUCAAGGUGCCGGUCAGAUUUUAAUAGAGUUUGGGCUGAAAUAUAUGCCAAGAAUUAUCACAAGUCCCUUGACCAUCGCAGCUUCUAUUUCAAACAACAAGAUUCGAAGAAUCUGAGCACAAAAGCUCUAUUGUCGGAGAUCAAGGAAAUUAAUGAUAAGAAAAGGAAGGAUGAUGAUGUGCUUCUUGCUAUUGCUGCUGGGAAUAGGCGGCCAAUAGUUCCCAAUAUGUCAUUUGAGUAUGUAGAUUCAGAAAUUCAUGAAGAUGUUUAUCAGAUCAUCAAGUACUCUUGUGGAGAAGUCUGUAGUUCGGCAGAUCAAGUCGACAAAGUGAUGAGAACCUGGACAACAUUCAUGGAACCUAUUUUGGGAGUUCAGCCCCGAGCUAGUUGUGCCGAAAAUGCAGGUUUGGUAAAACUCAAGAGCCGAACCCCUACAGCUAGUGUUGGGGAAAACAAUGAUGCAACAAAAAAUAAUGUCGUUGCUGUUAAGCAAGCUGAUGGAGACGAAAGCGUUCCAAAGGAACAAGCGCAAUCUUCUCGUGCUUCAUUGGCGAAUGGAGCUACAGAAGAUGCUCAAAAUGGUUUCCAUGAUGCUGAUCGAGCUGUUCACAGAGGUGAGGGGCCAUCUGGACAAAACAUUUCCACCGAAAGGUCAGUGGAGAGUGCCCACCUUUCUCAGACUAAACAGAAUCAGCGUAGAACAAAUUUGGAGCUUACAUCAGGUACUAGUACUUAUAGAAGUAAUUUCUCUGGAGGUGAGGCUGUGGUUGAAGCUAUGGGUGGCAAUGAGGCAAUUCCCUCUACAGGGAGAGGAGAAACUGGACCUCAUAAGAAUUCAAAGAUUGAAAGAGAAGAGGGAGAAUUAUCUCCUAAUGUAGCUGUAGAUGGAGAGAAUGGUGCUGAUGUGGACGACGAAGGUGAGGAAAGUGCCCAGAGAUCUAUGGAAGACAGUGAAAAUGCAUCUGAGGCUGGCGAGGAUGCCUCUGGUAGCGAAUCUGGUGAUGGUGAUGAGUGUUCUCGAGAAAAUCACGAGGAUGAAGAGGAUGUUGAUCACGAUGAUCCUGAUGCCAAGGAGGAAAGUGAGGGUGAGGCAGAGGGAAACACAGAGGCACAUGAUGCCGAUGGAGGAAUAUCACUGCCAAUUUCAGAAAGCGCAGUUAAACCACUUGCCAAGCAUGUCCCCACUGUUUUACAUGAUCGCGAGGAGAAGUUUUCAUGCAUAUUUUAUGGAAAUGAUUCAUUUUAUGUUCUUUUCAGGCUACACCAGAUCUUAUAUGAGAGAAUACUAUCAGCUAAGACAAACUCUUCUACAACCGAAAAGAAGUGGAGAACCUCCUCCAAGGAUACAAACUCCCCACACCAAUAUUCAAAGUUUAUGAGUGCACUUUAUAACUUGCUUGAUGGUUCUUCUGACAACACCAAGUUUGAGGAUGACUGCCGUUCUAUCAUCGGGACUCAGUCAUAUGUUCUUUUUACGUUGGAUAAGCUGAUAUACAAAGUUGUGAAGCAGCUUCAAGCGGUAGCAUCUGAUGAAAUGGAUAACAAGCUGCUCCAGCUUUACAUAUAUGAGAAGUCCAGGUCUCCUGGAAGGUUCUUUGAUCUAGUUUAUCACGAGAAUGCUCGGGUUAUUCUCCAUGAGGAGAGCAUAUAUCGAUUUGAACGGCGCUCAGACCCUACAAGAUUAUCUAUCCAGCUCAUGGACUAUGGGCAUGAAAAGCCUGAAGUAACCGCAGUCUCGAUUGAUCCAAAUUUUUCGUCUUAUCUCUACGAUGAUUACUUGUCGAGUUCAGAUAUGAAUAUAUGUGAUGAUGUCUUCCUCGAGAGGAAUAAGCGGAAGCAUGGGGGCAACGAUGACAUUCAGGCUUCCUUGGAGGCCAUGGAUGGUUUCAGGGUCAGUAAUGGCCUCGAACACAAGAUAUCCUGCAAAUCCUCAAAGGCAUCGUAUGUCCUCGAUACAGAAGAUUUUCUGUUCCGUGUAAGAAAGAGGAGGCGAGUUUCAUCUAUCGGAACCAUACCUGGCAAGGCCGAUAUUGCGAAGGCAGCUGAUGCUGUAAAAGCACAACGAUUCCAUAGAUUCCUCUCCAGGCCCUAGGGCCAUGCGGCAGAUUCUGCCAUGGUAUCUAAUCUGAAGACGACACUGACGUGCUUCGAUAGAAAUGUGGUGGGAAACCGUGUCUUCCCAACCUUUUGGAACAAACAGCCUUUGGAAGCAAACAUCUGGGGCUGGGGCUGGUAAAUACCAAAGCAUGCAUUAGGCUGAACUUAAAUGACCUGAUUGUGUUCGGAAUGUGUAUAUAUUAACACCCAGGAUGUCGUUUAUCCCGUUAACUGAUCACUGUUAUUGUCCGUAUGUUUUGCUUUACUGGAGAUGUGUCAUCGGGCACUAGUAUGUAAUGACUCAUGCUAAUCUGCCUAUGUAAUGACUCAUGCUAAUCUGCCUUGGGGACGUCGUUAUAUCUGUGAGCUCGAGUUGCCCC